AUGAUGACUAGCAUCCUUGCUCCAAAAUCAAAGCAUUUAGAUAAAACGUUUCUAGUCACCUCAUCCGUAGUGCAUAAGAACAUUGUGUCGUGGAUCGACUUCAUCAAGCAAGCCAUAAUGGCUCUACAGUAUUUCGCUUUAGCCAAUCCAACUAUCAAAGCUCAAAUCAUUGCGAAGCAGAUGGUCGACGGUUGGCUCAAGUACCAGCUGGCGGUGAUGAUCAUCUACAAGCGUCAUCCGUACAUACGUCUGAGAAGGGGCGAAGAACCGCUGUGGAUCUCUGAAAAACACUACUUCUGCAAAUGCCCAACGGUUCGAUUAGGAAGGAAGUAUCUCAUUAUGGGCACUGGGGACACCUCAGACAUUGAAAGGUCAGGCAUUGUGCUGAACAGUCGAACGAUCGUGGUAGAGUGGAGGUCGAAAUUCGACGAGCAGCUGCGCAGGUUCGCAAGGGAGGAAGCUGAUGGCGCUUUCUGCUUGAGGCUGGACAACUCUCGAUCGAACAGUAUUUCGGAGGUGGAAAGACGACGGUGA